UGUCUGCGCCGGCGCACAGCGCGCGCCGCAGUCGCCGACACCGCCGCCGUGACGAUGACAGUUCUCUGUGUAUAAAAGUAAACAUUGACCAAUCAAUACCACAUUCGAUUUUCGAAAUCCAAAUUCGCGGUUGUGUUUGUGAUUUAAUUGCAGACGAUGCUGAAGAUCGGCGGCGGCGCGGCGCUGGUGGCGGCCAUCGUCGCGGUGUUCGUGGUUGCCACGCAGGGCCGCGACCCCGACCUGGAGGCGCUGGAGCACGAGGGGCAGGAGUACAUCAAGACCCUCGACGUGGCCACCGGCUUCAGGAGGAACCGAGCCUCGCUGGCCGAGUGGGCCUACACGUCGAACAUUACUAAGGAGAAUGAGGAGAGGAAGAUCCAUGUCCAGCUGGAGAUAUCAAAGGAAGACAAAGUAGCAUGGGAGGAGACGAAGAUGUACAAAUGGCAAGACUUCCAGGACCUGUCUCUGAGGCGAAUGUUCAAGAAGUACAGUCAGCUGGGUGCCUCCGCUCUACCUGACGACAAGUACAAGAAGUUCAUGCAAGUCAUAUCGGACAUGGAGUCCAACUACGCAACCGCCAAGAUCUGCUCGUACAAAAAUGAAAGCAAAUGCGACUUGUCUUUGGAACCAGACAUCACAGAGAUCUUCAGCAAGAGCCAAGACCCCGAGGAGCUGAAGCACGCGUGGGUGCAGUGGCACCGCGCGGCCGGCGCCCCCGCGCGGGACAACUUCACCGAGUAUGUGCAGCUGGAUAACGAGGCCGCACAACUUAAUGACUUCAAAAACGUAGCGGAGUGGUGGCUGUCAGAAUACGAGGUGCCAGACUUCGAGGCUCAAAUCGCCGCGCUGUGGGAAGACGUGAAGCCUCUGUACCAACAGCUGCACGCGUAUGUGAGGAAGAGGCUGAGGGACAAGUACGGCGACCAGGUGGUGUCGGCGAGAGGACCUAUCCCCGCGCAUUUGUUAGGUAACAUGUGGGCGCAGACAUGGUCGAAUAUAGAAUCAUUCACGAGGCCGUACCCUGACAAGAAGGAGAUGGAUGUCACUCAAGCAAUGAAGGAUCAAAACUACACUGCCCUGAAAAUGUUCCAAAUGUCCGACGAAUUCUUCCGUUCACUGAACUUGACAGCCAUGCCAGAACUCUUCUGGAAGAAUUCUAUCAUUGAAAAGCCCAGUGACAGGGACAUGGUCUGCCAUGCUUCCGCUUGGGACUUCUUUGAUGGAAAGGAUUUCAGGAUCAAACAGUGCACUACAGUCGAUUAUGAGUAUUUCCAAACAACUCACCACGAAAUGGGCCACAUCCAAUACUUCCUGCAGUACAAACACCAACCUGUCGUUUUCCGCGACGGAGCUAAUCCAGGUUUUCAUGAGGCCGUUGGUGACACCAUAGCAUUAUCAGUUUCGUCGCCUAAACAUCUCCGUAGAGUCGGACUUAGCAACGGCGAAGCAGAGGAUGACCAGACCGAGAUCAAUCAACUGUAUAAAAUGGGAAUAGACAAGAUAGUGUUCCUGCCGUUCGCGUAUACCUUGGACCUGUUCCGCUACGGCGUAUUCCGCGGCACGACGGCGCCUGAGGACUACAACUGCCACUACUGGAACCUGCGGGAGUCUCUGCAGGGCGUGGAGCCGCCCGUGAACAGGACCGAGGAGGACUUCGACGCCGCCGCCAAGUACCACGUGUCUGCUGAUGUGGAAUAUGCUAGGUACUACGUGUCGUUCAUCAUCCAGUUCCAGUUCCACCGCGCGCUGUGCCAGCUGGCCGGCGAGUACGUGCCCGAGGACUUCACCAAGAAGCUGGUGGACUGCGACAUCUACCAGAGCGUGGCCGCCGGGAACGCGCUCUCGAACAUGUUAAAGAUGGGUUCGUCGAAGCCGUGGCCGGACGCGAUGGAGGCGCUGACGGGGCAGCGCUUGAUGAGCGCCGACGGGCUGCUCGAGUACUUCCGCCCGCUGCACGAGUGGCUGCAGGCCGAGAACCAGCGCACCGGCGAGCACAUCGGCUGGGAGCCCAGCAAGAUGCAAUACUGCACAGCCGAGCAGCGAGCAGCGCUAGAAGCCAAAGCGGCUGAUGAGAGCAACAAGCACAGCGCAGAGACCACCACGGAGAGCUCGACGUGACGGCUUCACGCGCCCGCCUAAGCGUACUUACUGCGUCAUCGCGAAAGCCUAGAUCGACAAACUUAGCCGCAGAGGAAGCACUUAUCAUCAGCCAUCAUCAACAGCCCGUAACGGUCCGCUAUUGGAUGAAAGCCACCGAACAUCAGAAGCAAAUUGAAUAUAUUGGAAGUACACUGCAGAAAAAUCUUCUCAUUUCUUACCAACAAUUUUAUUCUGCCAGAAACCACAUUAUAUUUUACUCGUGUAUGAAAAGGCCACAAUAAAACACUUGUAGAACAAAGCAGUGGCUCUUCAAAAUGCUCAUCCUAUGAUGCCUAGGAGGACUCAGUAAUUAGCUGAAGUAAAGCGAUGGUACCUUCUGUAGUUUUACCAGUUUUUAUUCCCGUUUCACACGGCAAGGCAGAGUUUGUCUAUCUGUCAUAAAUAUAGUAGUAGGUAGUAUAAUAUUUAUAGUAGGCAAGCUUCAGUAUUCAUAAUAAACUUUGUACGAUAGUCUGA